AACAAGUUGCACCUGCAAUGUUAAUUAAAUUUAACCUCAGUUAUUUAGCGGUCAGAUUGUAUUGUUUAAAUCCAAUAUAAGUGUUAACUCAGAAACUCUAAUUGGUAUCUCCUACAUUUUGUUUGUUGUUCUUCUGCAGUAAAAGUGAGAGAAAAACUGAAGUAAAACAAUGGCUGACAAACCAGAUAUCAGUGAGAUCUCUCAGUUUGACAAGACCAAGCUAAAGAAGACUGAGACGCAAGAGAAGAACACACUUCCCACCAAAGAGACAAUUGAACAGGAGAAACAAUGUGAGGCAUAAGUUAUCUACUUCAGAUCAUCACCAAGGGCAAGAUGUAGAGGACUGUGAGAUGGCAAGUCACUUCACUUCAGGCAGAAGAUGGCGUCUCCCAACCACCAGUCACUACAGCCGUAGGCUGAAGUGGGAUAUUCAGUUUUAACUUCUGUAGUAGACCAUUCUGAAGGAUGACUGGCUUUUCAUGAUCAUUUCUACAGUAUGAUCAUGUGUUUGUGAAGAGGCAGUCAUCUUUGCAAUGAGGAUGCCUAAUUCUCAAAGUUCUAUGUAAAUCCAUCUGGAAGAGAAUUAGUUUUAUCUGCCCUCAUUUUGAACUUUGGUGAAAUAAACCUUUCAAAUGAA